CUUUUAUAUCUGAUAUAGAAUAUUGCUUUGCUGGAUUAUUAUAUUGUAAUUUUAUUUUGGUAUUUUGCAAUCAACACACUGAUAUCAAUUAUGGGUGAUUACAAUAACAACCCAAACAACAACAGGCCUUCAUCUAAAGAUAGAGAUUACAGCACUUACAGUCCAAAUUAUUCUUAUAACAAUAACAGCACUAAAUACAACAAUAUCCAAAGAAAUAGUCGCCCACUGUCCUCAUCGAUACCUCCAAAACGUUCUUCCAAUUAUAGUAAUAUAAAUAAAACAUUUUCUGCUGACAACAGCAAUAUACCUAACCUAACCACUAAUAGUUUAAUUAAUUCUACGCCCUCGGCUAGCAACAACAGUCCCAAUAAUAAUUUUGGAAGAAAGUAUAACCAAAAACGCAAUGACUAUUACUCAAGAAAUAACAAUUAUAACAGCAAAUACUACAGCAACAACAACGAUAACAGCAAGCCAAAUCUAAGCUAUCGAACAAACUAUAACAACUACUCAAAUUCUUACAACAGUUACAACUCUUAUCCAAAUUCCUACAACAGUCAUAACAGUAAUAAUAAUAAUAACAAUAACAAUAACAAUAAUAGUAACUCAAAUCUUUUGAAUAGCCAAAAUAAUAGCGUAAACAAUCUAAAUAAUAAUACAAACUCGAUAAAUAAUGGUCAGAUACAGAAAGAUGCUACCGCAAUAUAUUCCUCUAAUAGUUUCCAUGAGAAAAAUCAAAAGCUCUAUUCUACUUCCACAAAUAUAAAGAGUAAUCCUUAUAUAAAUAAUAAUAAUAAUAAUAAUAAUAAUAAUAAUAACAACAACAAUAGUGUCCUUGGUGCAAAUUUGAAUGAUAGCAAUAUAAACAACAAAAAUAAAACAAACAAUAUUAAUGCAAAUAAUAGAUCAUCUAUGCUACUGGAAAAACAACAAAAGCAACUCAAACCCCAACAAAAACAGCAAAUUAUGCAGACAAAACAGACAAAACCACAAUUACAUAACCCUCAAUAUACUCAACUGUAUCACAAUAAUCAAAUUCAACAUAAAAUAAAAGAUAAUUAUAUCACAAAUAAAAUACAAUCAAGUAUUUCAAUCGUGAGACUGACUUCAAAAUCUCCAAAAGUAUCUUCAGUAUCCCCAAAGAUAAAUUCUCCAAAAAAUACAAUAAUAAAUCCAAAUCUGAAUUCAAACCAAAACCAAAACCAAAGCCAAAAUCAAAAUCAAAAUUCAAUUGUCAACACCCAAAUACCUCCCAUAUCUGGGGAUAAUAAUUUAUCUAAUGAUAUUAAACUGCUUCUGCAAAAACAAUCACAAUUACAAAAAGAAAUUGAGAUACUGCAACAAUCCCCAAAAAUAAGAAAAAUUUUAUCUUCUGAUUCUAAUUUAUCAUCAUUAUCAUCAUUAUCAUCGUUAACGAAAAGACCAAAAACUGCUCCUAACACACCCCCACCAAAUAUAAAAUAUUUAGAUUCUUCCUUAUCUUCGCUUCCUUCAUUGGAACCAAUAGUUGAUUCUAACCCUGUUUCUAAUUCAAUUCCAAACUCAACCUCGGCACAAAUCGUAAAUCUGACAACCAAUUCAACUACAACUCCAAAUUUGUUUAUAAAACUGAACUCGCCUUCGUUGACAUCAAUAGAUUCGGUUAAAACUCAAAUACCUCUAAGUCAUUAUUUAAAAAAGCAAAACAAAAAAAAAAUUCUUGAAAAUAAAUUGAAUUUGGAACUUAAUCAUCAAAGUAAAAAUGAAAUCAUUCAAAAUAUUCAAAAUACUCAAAUUGACCAAAUUGACCAAAAUGAUGAAAAAAAUAAUCCUAAAAUAUCUGAAGAUCAAAAUAGUGCUUUGAAGGAACCCAAAUCAAAGCAAACUAUUUUAAAAGACGAAAACCCUGAAAAAGAUAGCAAAAAAGUUUCACCUCUGGACGACAAAAUGAUUGAACAAAAACCUGAAAGUAAAAUUGAAGUUUCAUUUCAUAAAAAAUCUCAAACAUCUAUCAUAAUGAGCAAUAAUAAAACUGAAAACGUUAUAAAAAAUAAAAAAGAUGAAAAUAAAAACAGCUCAGCUAAGAAAACUGAAAAGGAGGAAGCUGAAAAUAUAAAAAAUGAUAAUAAGCCAAACGAUAAUAAAAUAAGCAAUAAUGAAACAAAUGAUAACGGAUUGCCUGACUUAAAGAAAAAUAAAGAAAAAAGCAUUGAUUCAAAAUCAGAUCAAACAUUGAAACAUGAUAAAACAGUAGUUGGAAACUUGGAUGUCGAAGAAAAUAUUUCUCAAAAGGAUAUCAUAAAUGAAAUACAUGAGAAAGACACAAUUAAAAAAGAAUCAAAGGAAUUAAAUCAUACAUUGAGCAACCCUAAAGAAAUUAAAAAUCACAAAAAUGAUGACAAUUUUAAAACCAAUAAAGACCAAAUCAAAAAUCAAAACAGAGAUUUUAAUCCAAAUAGCCAAAAUAAAAGUGAAGUGAUUAAUAAUAAUAUUCCCAAAGAAAUUAAAAAAGAAGUAAAAAAAGACACCAAAAAGGAUAUCAAAAAGGAUGAUAAAAAGGAAAGCACUAAUCAUAAACUUUCAUCUCAAAGAGAUACCAACACACCUGAAAAUAACUCGUCUGAAGCAACCCCCAAAGCAUCAAUUGUUGUCAAAAAUGAAAAUAGCUCAAAUAAAAACAGCAAUUACAAAAUAAGCGAAAUGACUCUAGAUUAUAAAAGAUACAUGAGAGAGAGAAAAUCUUCGUUUUCUUCUCAACUAUCAAAUGAAAGUGAUAAUGAUACAUCUAAAACAAGAUCCAAGUUUCUGAAAGAAAAAAAAAUAUCAAGUAGGAGUACAUCGCCAGCUUUUCAGAAUAAAAAAGAAAAAUUACAAGCAAGAAGAAGAAGAAAAUCACCUUUUUAUUAUACAGAGACAGAUGAGGAAGACAUGAAUGAAAACAACGAGGGGGUUUCUGAAGCUGAAACAGAAAUAGCAGAAUCACCCCCAGUCUCUCACAAACCAAAAGAAAGAAGAUCAUACCGCAAGAAAAAAAAUGGGAAACCAAAAAGAAACCCAGAAAGUAUCAGAACUUCUUCGAGAAGAGUCAGAGAUAGAGAUCCUACAGGAAGAUCAAAAUUACAAAGAGCUUGCGCAAAGGGUCAUUUUGAAAUAGCAAAACAACUCAUUGAUGAUGGUGCAGACGUAGAUAGCUGUGACAAUGCUGGGACUACAGGUCUUCAUGAAGCCUGCUUAAAGGGAUAUUUAGAUAUUGUAAAAUUAUUGAUUAAUUCAAAUGCAUCAAUCGAUAUCAAAACAGGUGUUGAAGGAGAUACACCAUUAAUAGACGCUGCGUCCAAUGGCCAUUAUGAUGUUAUCAAAUAUUUGUUGGAAAAAGGAGCUGAUCCCAGAAUUAUGAAUGAACAGGGGCAAACUGCUAUUGAUGUUUUAAAUGAAGAUGAUGAGGAUACACCUCGAAUUCGAAAAAUUUUGAGAGAGUCUAUCUUGGAAUUGAGAGGUAAAGAAGGAUCUGCAGAUAUUGUUGCCUUUUCUGACAAAGAACCAAUGUCUUCAGAAGAAGACAACAAUGGAAGGAGCAGAUCAUUAUCAAGGCAAACCAGAAAAGUUUCGCACAAAAAGACUCAAUCAAGAGGGGAAAUUCUUUUGGUUGAUUUUACAACUAGAACCGGUAGGAAAGAAAUAUACAAAAGGGCUGCUGAAGGUGAUUAUGAGUAUGUAAUUAGUUACUUGAUAAAUGGGGGUAGACCAGAUACUGAAGUUUUGGUUUUGGCGGCAAGACAUGGGCACGAUGAUAUUGUUAGCGUCCUUUUAGGAUCAGGCGCAGAUGUUAACUCGACAGCAGAUGAUGGAUCAUCAAUAUUAAUGAACGCUGUUGGGAGAGGACAUACUCAAAUUGUGAAACUUUUGCUUGAAAAUGGUGCUAAUCCGUUAGCUAAACGAAAAACAGAUGGAAAAACAGCUUUGGAUAUUGCUUUAAAUUCUGAUAUAAGAGAAGAUGAUGAAAUAGAAUUGUUAAAAGAAUCAAUGAAAAAUUUUAAAGAUAACCAAAAUAGCAGCUCAUUAAUGACAAAACCACCAACCAAUGGAAGUGGAACCAAAAGAAAAGGCAAGAAGAGGAAGCUUAUUAGAGGCAAAGAAAACGAAGAGCUUAAACGAAUUAAAAGAGAAAGCUCAUAUGAAAGUGAGGAAAAUAACAAUAACAAAUGGCUUAAAUCAAGUGCCUCUGUAGAUCAUCAGCAAUAUUGGAAAGAAUUAUCUGAGGAUAUUAGGAAAGAUCCCAAAGAAAAGCCCCCUGGUUCUACUAGUGAUUUCAAGGAAAUUGAGACUGUUGAAAUUGCUAAGAUUCCUGAAAUUCUUGAACCUGUUGAUGAAAUACCCAAAGCUAAGCGUACUGAAAUGGUUAGUGAUAAAACGGGUGAGCUUGGUAAGGAGAUUUCAAAGCCAAAAACCGAAAAAGAUGAUGAAGUCAAAGAUACAAUAGUUAGUAAAAUAGCUGAGAAUACUGCUGAUGAUAAAGUCUUGGCUGGUGAUGAAAGAAAUAUUUUAAAUAAUAAAAAAAAGAGAAAGAAAGAAAAAUUAACAAGUAUUUUUGACGAUGAAAUUGAAACUGAAAAUGUUAAAAGAAAAAAGGUUUCUAAUAGUAAUGUUGAUGAUGAGAGUAAAGACAAGAUUGAGAGUGUUGAAGAAGAUAUUAAAGAGGAUAUUAAGGAGGAUAUUAAAGAAAAUAUUGACGAGUCCAUUGAAACUAAACCUAACCCAAUGGCAGAUACUUUCAAUAAAAAUGCUGUUGUGGAAAUUAAUAAGAAGAAUGAAAUAUCAAGAUCAGCUACUCCAGUCUCUAAAGUAUCAAUACUAUUGUCGGCAUCUUCAUCGGUUUCUCCGGUUUCAACAAGUAAAACAGUUAAAAUUGAAAAGUUGAGCGACUUGAAAAAAGUAGUCAAGGAAGCAAAGAAAGAUAAAGUUCAAACACCGGGUGCAACUGCUAAUGACGAUGAAUUUAAAAGCAAAAAGCAAAAAGAUUUAGAAGCUGCUAAACAAAGAGAGAUAUAUGAACAAAAAAAAGAGGCAGCGCUCAAAGCAAGAAGACAAAAAAUUCUUGACAAUAUUAAAGAAGCCGAAAAGAAAAGAGAAGAAGAUAAGAGAAAGUUAAUUUUGAUGGAAGAAGAAAAGCAGAAAAAAAUCAAGUUAGAGGAAGAGGAGCGUAAAAGAAAAGCUCAAGAAAAACUAAUAAUUGAAAUGAAAAAACGAGAUUUGGAACAAAGAAAAAGAAUUCGUAGGCAUUAUCCAUAUGGACUUCAUAUUGCGAAUUUUUUUGCAAACGGGAAGGACAAAAGAACAAAAGAAGAGAUUUUUUCCAAUUCAAUGAAAUAUUUACCAUUUUAUUAUAUCAUCAACCAUAAUGAAAAAUGGGUUGUUGAUUUGCAAGUUAAUUUAGUGACGGCUAUUGAGAGUUUAUAUGAAAAAUAUCCCAAUAUUUCUAAGUUUCCAGUUAAUGACCAACAAAAGGUCAAACUUUGGAACAUAUUUUAUCCUAUAUUAGGGGAUAGAAGACCGAUGUCAAUUGAUCGGCAGUUGGAUGUUUUCAAAAAAGGAGAGGAACAAUUUGAGUCUCUCGAUCUUAAUUGGGUAAAAUUAAGCACAAUAGAGAAUAUUUUGGAUAAAGAUUACAAGGAAAUAUUGAAAGCAAUGGACCAAAAGAAAAUGGUAGAGAUUGAGUUGAAUAGAAGCAUGAAUUUCAAUAAAGACAAGCUGGCAUUUGAUAAUUCAGAAAACAAAAAUUCGGAAAAGAUUAUAGCAGUUGAGAAUAAUAAUGAAAACAAAGUAAGCAAAUUUCCUAGAAGAUUUAAAGGAAGAGCAGCAACAUUAAAAGUUUUAAACAGAGCCAACCAAAGAUUAUGGUAGUCAUUCGGAUAAUGAAUAAAUUUUUUGUUCUGAUACUUGUGUUAUAAUGAUUUUUUUUUCUUUCAUUAUUAUGUUUAUGUUAAUUAUUUUUUUUUCUAUUUAAUUGGAGGAUAUUAUCUAGCUUAUUUACCAACAUUGAAUUAUUGAUUCUAAAAUUUGAAU